CAGGGAACAGGAUGGCCGCGCUAGUGGACUUGUCUGCAGCAGAUGCGCCCCAACACUUGCUCCACGCUUGCAAAAUUUCGGGGUUUGCAGUGCUGACUGGCCACGGGGUGCCCGCAGUAGUCGUGGACAACAUGAGAGAGGCCCAGCGCCAGUUCUUCAAGCUGCCUCUGGAGAAGAAGAUGACCCUGCUGGCCACCAAGGACCCCAACAACCGCGGGUACAGCCCCGCCCAUGAGCAGGCGCUGGACCCCUCUGGCAAGCCGGAUACCAAGGAGGGCUAUUACAUCGGGCGCGAGGUGCCAGCUGGCAGCCUGCCGUUGCAGGGCCCAAACGUGUGGCCACCAGAGGACUGGGCCCCCGGCUUCCGCAGCGCAAUGAUGGAGUACCAUGCUGCCAUGGUGGCGCUGGGGGACCGCGUGCUGACGGCGCUGGCCACUGCGCUGGGCCUGGCGCCCGACCACUUUGUGCCGCUGUUUGAUCACUCGGUGGCCACGCUGCGCCCGCUGCACUACAGCUCCCAGGACGCGCCCGGCGACAUCGGCGCCGGCGCCCACACCGACUUUGGUUGCAUCACGCUGCUGCUCACCGACCAGCAGCCCGGCCUGCAGCUGUUCCUGGGCGGGCGGUGGGUGGACGUGCCGCCCCGCCCCGACUGCUUCGUCAUGAACAUCGGAGACAUGCUGGAGCGGUGGACCAACGGGCUGUUCAAGUCCACGCUGCACCGAGUGCUCAACAACGGCCAGGACCGCUACUCAACCGCCUUCUUUGUCGACGCCAACUACGAUGCGGUGAUUGAGUGUGUGCCUACCUGCUGCGGCCCCGACAACCCGGCCAAGUACCCGCCCAUCCAGGCGGGGGAGUGGCUGAUGGGGCGCCUCAGGGCCACCCACACCGAGCACGCCCUGGACUCGGCGGCGACUGCCUGAGGUGCCACAUGGGCAGCCGCCUCUGCCCCUAGCCUCCCCCCCGUUGCUUUUACACUGUCUCUGUACCCUUACAGUACUCUCCUGUUGUACCAUUGUUGCAAUGUGCUGAGAAUCUUGGAGAAAGUGUGCGCAGGCUGUUAUGCAAUAGGAACCGUUCCUAUCAAGUGUUUCACUUGAUGGCUGUGGUCUGGCGAGGUCCUGGGCGCCGGCCUGCCUCAAACAGUCAUGCUGCUGCGCACCCUGCCAAUGCACCCCAUCCACCCUCGCUGACGAUGCUGUGCAGCAGAGCUUUGAUGCCACUCCGCAACCGCCGCAGCGGCGCCUUCCAGUUGAUCACCGCUGGCCCACUGCCCUAUGCUGUCUGCCAUGCCAGGGACAGAGGUGGCCGUGGAGCGAGGAGGGAUGACAUUCCAAACUGGGAAGUGGAGGGCGGCGCCGUCAGACUUGCUACAGGAACAAUAGAGAAGCUGGUAGAGCAGCUGUCGGUACGCGGUGGGAGCGCUGCCGGGCACUGAGCGGUGAUGGGCGGGAGAGGCAGCACCCAGGGCCAGUGCUCCUGCGGCUAAACGCUGAUGCCACUGUUGCCCCUGCUUGGCUCUGGCCAUCGAUAGCCAAUGAGGCCUACACCAGGCUGACCGACCCCGCCGCGCUCCAGCGGAGACGGUGCCGCUGAUAUAGCGGCGACGGCAGGAGCCCUGCAGCCCGAUCGCUCCUGUGCUCCUGCUUCGGCUCUUCAUCAAGGGGCGAGCGUGGAGGCCUGCCCGCGGCAUGGAACCUUGCGAUGGAGCUGGGUCAGC